CGCAGGAAAGGCGAAUUUGCGAGUAUAUUUGUUUGAGAAGCUCUGCGUCUGUUCAUAUUAAGCUAACGGCUGAGAAGCGCUCCAAUGGCUGCCACUGUAGAUGAAUAACAUCUGCUAUCACAAUCCUUUUGUUUUUGUUUUACUCUAAAUGACUGUUAGCUUUCUGGAUAUUGCUCUUUUGAAAAGGUAGCCGUAUUUCACUUUCCUGCGGUAAACGAUGAUGUUCUUGACAUUGGCGCAUGGCACAACUUAACAAUAUACUGUAUACAGAAUGAUAUCAUUCAAAUAUAGUAAACAUACAUUAUUUAAGAUGUGUAAGCCUUGAUAUGUACAAUGGUUUAUUUAGCUGCCCCCCAACUCAAAAACCUCAAAAUAAGUCAAUUCCUUAGAUUGACACUAACCAUACUAGAUAAUUAUGCAAUACAUAUAUUUGAGAUGAUCUUUCUUACAUGUCUAUCCAUCCAUCUUCUUCCACUUAUCCGAGGUUGGGUCACGGGAGGGGAAUCCCAGACUUCCCUCUCCCCAGCUACUUCGUCCAGCUUCUCCUUGUGGAUCCCGAGGCGUUCCCAGGCCAGUUGAUUGUCUGUCCAGCGUGUCCUGGGUCAUCCGCGAGGCCUCCUACCGGUCGGACGUGCCCUGAACACCUCCCCAGGGAGGCGUCCUGGAAGCAUCCUGACCAGACCACCUCAUCUGGCUCCUCUCAAUGCGGUGGAACAGCAGUUCUACUCAAGAGUUUCUCCCAGAUGACAGUUCUUCUCGCCGUAUCUCUAAGGGAGAACCCAGCCACUUUACGGGGAAAAAUAAUUUUGGCCGCUUGUACCCGCAAUCAUGUCCUUUCGGUCACUACCAAAAGAUCAUUACCGUAGGUGAGGGUAGGAACGUAGACCAACCUCUUCACCACAACAGACCAAUGCAGAGUCCGCACCAAUCCACCUGUUGAUCUCGCAUUUCAUCCUUCCCUCACUCGUGAACAACACCCCGAGUUACUUAAACUCAUCCUGACCCGGAGAUGGCACUCCACCCUUUUCCGAGCAAGAACCAUGAACAUGGAGCAGAGUCCCCUGUCAGAAGGAGUUUCAACUCUCACCUUUGGGAAAACUUAGACAAUGUUCCAAGGGAGGUGGCAGACGUUGAGUCCGAGUGGGCCAUGUUCCAUGCCUCCGUUGUGGAGGUGGCUGAUGGGAGGUGUGGCCGCAGAGUGGUCGGUGCCUGUCGUGGCGGUAAUUCCAGAACUCGUUGGUGGACACGUUGGAGGACAUAACAGAAGAGGAGUCUAACGAUGGCAGCCAACCUCCUAAACGGCGGCGAAUGGGAUCAGGGGACAGUUCGCGAAGCUGUGAUACCUCCAGUCAGGAAUUUGGUCCAACAUAUUUCCCAGCAGAGAACCUGACAGAGUACAAGUGGCCACCGGAUGAUACGGGAGAGUAUUACAUGUUGCAAGAGCAGGUCAGCGAGUAUCUGGGAGUCACGUCCUUCAAGAGGAAGUACCCCGAUAUGGAAAGGAGGGACCUGUCACACAAAGAGAAACUUUACCUGCGUGAACAAAAUGUGAUCACCGAGACGCAAUGCACUCUGGGUCUAACAGCUUUGCGGAGUGAUGAGGUGAUCGACCUGAUGAUAAAAGAGUAUCCCUCCAAACAUUCGGAAUACUCGGUCAUACUGCAGGAGAGAGAGCGACAGAGGAUAGCUAAAGAGUACUCUCAAAUGCAGCAGCAGAACCCUCAGAAGGUGGAGGCCAGUAAGGUUCCAGAGUACAUUAAGAAGGCAGCCAAAAAGGCGGCAGAGUUCAACAGUAACUUUAACAGAGAGCGAAUGGAAGAAAGGAGGGCCUACUUUGACCUCCAGACACAUGUUAUCCAAGUGCCCCAGGGCAGGUUUAAGGUUCUCGCUCCAGAACUGUCCAGGACGGGGCCCUACCCUGUUGCUCUCAUACCAGGACAGUUCCAAGACUACUACAAAAGGUACUCUCCCAAUGAGCUACGAUACCUGCCAUUGAACACUGCCCUGUUUGAGCCCCCAUUGGAUCCAGAGCUCCCUGCGCUGGACUCGGAUCCUGACUCGGAUGAUGGAGAAGAUGACAAAAAGAACAAGAAUUCUUCUGACAGUUCAUCAGGCAACACGUCAGAUGUAGAAAGUCAGGAGGGAGGAGGCCACAAGUCCAAGGCCAAAGACAGGACCGCCACGCCGGGCAAAGACCGCCACACUGCCUCCCACAAAGCCACUCCCGGGUACAAGCCUAAGGUCAUUCCCAAUGCUAUAUGUGGCAUUUGCCAGAAGGGUAAAGAGGCCAACAAGAAAGGCAAACCAGAGGCUCUCAUUCACUGCUCCCAGUGUGUUAACAGUGGCCACCCGUCAUGCCUGGACAUGAGCAAGGAUCUGGUGCAUGUGAUCCAGACAUACCGCUGGCAGUGUAUGGAGUGUAAGACCUGCACUGUGUGCCAGCAGCCCCACCAUGAGGACGAGAUGAUGUUCUGCGACAAGUGUGACCGAGGCUUCCACACCUUCUGCGUAGGCAUGGACUCCAUCCCCACAGGUCUUUGGGUGUGUGAGGUGUGUGACAAAAAUUUCAGCACACCCAAGAAGAAAGGGGGAGUGAAAACACCAAAAAAGCCCAAAUCUGCACAGAAAUGACACCGCUGAAGACUAAAUCCUACUGGUUUUUGUGUUACUUGUGUUUUUUGGGAGAUUUAUCUAUAAUUUCAACUUAAAACACCUCUCAUCACAAACUUUUGCUGACCUGCAGAAGUUUGCUUGGUCUCUUACUUUCCUUGCUGUUUUAUGUGUUUGCUCAGUGUUGUUUUUUUACCGUUUUGUCAAAGGUUUUAAAAGUCAUCACAUUUGGCAUUACUUACUGUACUUGUGUUUGUGUCCUGCAACUGAUGUUACCAACUCCAUCUGAUGUCAAUGUGACCCUUCAACACUUCAUCAUUCUGUGAUAAGCUGAUUCGGAUGAACAAAGUGGUGCUCUUAUUAAUCUCCUGGGUUACGUGAAUUUCAGUGUUUUUUUUACCUUGAUGUAGUCAAACUUCACAAAAACAUCUCCAAUUCUGACAUGGUGCUAAGGAUGUUUUUGUUUUUUUGUCAUGAAAUGUAGUUUGUCAUUUUUUUGUUUAACGUUUGGUAAUCUUCCACUGUUCCUACAUUGUAAUAGUGCCUCUGACUGCCACAAGUGUGACAAUGCUGGUCUGUUUUUUGUACAAGCAACAGUAAAUCUCAUAUUUUUGCAUUAGACUUGAAAAUAAACUUAUUUCUCUAGUGUUCUGCCUAAUAAAGGUACUGUAGUGGUUAGCAAAUGGUCAUGUC